AUGUCUCUCCCAUCCUCCAUGAGAGGUGUCCAAAUCCACCAAGUUGGCGAUUCCUCAAUCCUCCAACAUGUCGAUAACCUAGCACUACCAUCCAUCGGCGCCCUCGACGUGUUAGUCAAAGUCGAAUACGCAGGCGUCAACUUCAUCGACAUAUACCAACGAACGGGCGUAUACGCCAUGCCACUCCCCUUCACAGCCGGCCGCGAAGGAUCCGGAACAAUCGUCAGCAUCGGAUCCGCAGUCCCAUCAACCCUUAGUCUCAAUGUUGGAGACCGCAUCGCUGUAUUCACGCAGGGAACCAUGGCGGAAUACGUUUCCGCUCCAGCAUCCGGAGUCAUGAAGCUUCCAGCGUCUGUGUCAACGCAAUCCGGGGCGGCGAUCAUGCUGCAAGGGCUCACGGCAUGGACAAUGGUACAAGACGCGCAUAAAGUGGAAGCUGGACAGACGAUUCUGGUACAAGCUGCUGCGGGCGGAACAGGCGGUCUCUUGGUACAAAUGUGCAAGUAUCUCGGCGCCACGGUCAUUGGAACGGUAUCUACGCCGCAAAAGGCUGAAGUAGCGAAGAGGCAUGGUUGUGAUCAUGUCAUUCUCUACAAGGAUGUUGAUGUUGAAAAGGAAAUCAGCCGGCUGACUGAUGGUAAGGGAUGUCAUGCGGUGCUUAGUGGUGUGGGAGCAGCUACGUUUGAGGCUGAUUUGGCGUGUACGAGACGAAAGGGCACGUUGGUGUCGUACGGGAACAGCAGUGGUGUCGUGGCUAAUUUUGGGAUACUGGCGUUGAGUAAGAAGAAUGUGAAGCUGGUGAGGCCAACGCUGGCGAAUUACAUUACUGAAAGAGAGGAGUUUGAAGAGCGGUCUCGAGAGUUGUUGGAACUGGUUGGCUCGGGGGCUGUCAAGAUAGAACUGGGAGGGACGUACGCUUUGGAGAGUCUGGGCGAGGCUCAGGAUGAUCUUGCUUCGCAAAAGACAAUGGGAAAGCUUCUUGUAAAGGUAUAA